CGCAGGUUGCUCUCCCCCUCCUCGCCCUUGCUCACGCGCUCCACUCCACGCUUCCACACAGGAGAAAGGCGUGUUGGUUGGGGCGACUAGACGAGAGGAGGAUUCGGACACCGUCUUCACCAUGCUCGACAACCCAGCCGACCUCGCCCGCGCGUCCGCUACCCUCUUCAGCAUGCUCGACGACCCGGCCGACCUCGCCCGCGCAUCCGCCGUCUCCCGCUCCUGGAGGCAAUUCGUGAUCGCCAACCAGUUGAGCAAGCUGCAGUGCCUGCGGGCCUUCCCGGAGCUCUUCGCCUUCACGCACGUCGACGUCACCACCACAUCCGGCUACAGCAGCAGCAGCCUGGAUCAGCCCCACCGGGAACACAGGGUGUACACGCACCUCGCCCAGGGCCUCCUCUCGGAGUACAAGCCCAGGGACUGCAUCAUCCACUGCAUCGGCGCUUCCACCACCGACAGCUUCCCGGAGGAGAGCAUCCAGAACACCAUCGAGCCCGUCGACCCCGUCGAGGUUAGGCCCUCCUACUGGUCCAGCCGCAGCAACGGGGAUCCCGACGCGCCCGAGUGCCUCAUAUACAGGCUCCAGGCGGAUCUCUGCCUAGUCGAUGAGAUCAAGAUGCAGCCCUUCAAAGCAUUUUUCCAGCUUGGUGACCCCAUAUAUUCGGCAAAGAGCAUCCAGUUCCAGAUGGGCUAUCCAAGGUCACCUCUACGCCCUGAAGCACUUGUCUCCGAUGAAAAUGAAGGGCAGUUGAUUGAUGACAGAAACUAUGUCUGGACCUACACAUCUCCACAAUUUCCAAUGCUGCAGGAAAAUGUUCUGCAAUCCUUCAAGUUACCAUGCCCGGUUCUUUGUAUUGGUGGGGUGGUGAAGGUUGAGCUUCUUGGGAGAGCUCAGAAGCAGGAACUUGAUGGCCUCUACUACGUAUGUGUGUCUCAUGUCCAAAUACUGGGGAAGCCACUGUCACGAGAGCUCGGGGUCGUUCCUCGUGGGAACGGCCUAGUCCUGAAUUACUAUCUGGAUCCCCGUACAUGUGGCAUUCCCCGCUGUGAGUCAUCAGGGGAUGAUGCCGCAGCAGAUGGCAUAGCUUGGCGUCGAACAUCUGGCAUUCUAGAAUGGCGCGAGGGAGUGGAGGGCUGAACCAAACGCUGUUGAGCAGCCUGCUCGGUGCUCCGUUGCAGCUUGUGGUCGUAGCCGACGCAUCAGAGGAGGUGGAUCUUCCUUAGAAGAAGAGCAAUAAUUGUGUUUUUUUGGAUUUGAUCCUGGAGAAAAGAAACAUAUGAUAAUUACUGCUACAUACAUAUAAGACUGGCUGCCCUUUGUGGUGCUGUUUGAAAAGUAUUUUUCUUGUAACAGAAGACAGCACAAUGAGAUGCAUCCAAUCAGCUCACCUGUAGCCAGAUCAAUGUCACUGUUGUGAUUGAUUAUUACCUAGUCAGAGAAAAUCAUCUCUUCAAUCAAA